AUGACUGUGUCGAAUCUUCUAAAAGAAAGGGUUAGAUAUGCGCCUUAUUUGAAAAAAGUUAAACAAGCUCACGAAUUGGUGCCGUUGUUUAAGACCGGACAAAACCUUGGUUGGUCUGGUUUCACUGGUGUAGGUGCUCCAAAAGCUAUUCCAUCCGCGCUUGUCGAACAUGUGGAAAAGAACGGUCUCCAGGGACAACUGCGUUUCAACUUAUUUGUCGGGGCGUCUGCGGGGCCCGAAGAGUGCCUAUGGGCGGAACACGAUAUGAUCGCCAGAAGAGCUCCUCAUCAAGUUGGGAAACCAAUCUCGAAGGCCAUCAAUGCUGGUCAUAUCAAUUUUUUUGAUAAGCAUUUAUCCAUGUUUCCUCAGGAUUUGACAUAUGGUUACUAUACGCGUGAUCGUACUGAUAAUAAGAUUUUGGAUUAUACCAUUAUUGAGGCCACAGCGAUCAAGGAGGAUGGGUCUAUUGUGCCUGGUCCUUCCGUUGGUGGAUCCCCAGAGUUUUUGUCAGUUUCGGAUAAGAUCAUUAUCGAGGUUAAUACCGCAACGCCGUCUUUUGAGGGUCUGCACGAUAUUGAUAUGCCUGUGAAUCCUCCUUAUAGACAGCCAUACCCAUAUGUGAAGGUUGACGACAAGUGUGGUGUUGAUUCUAUCGCAGUGGAUCCGGAGAGGGUUAUUGCGCUGGUCGAAUCGAAAACCAGAGAUAUUGUUCCUCCAAAUACUCCAUCUGAUGAGAUGUCUCGUGCCAUCGCGAAUCACUUAGUCGAAUUCUUCAGAGAUGAGGUUAGACAUGGUAGAUUACCAGAGAACCUGCAUCCUUUGCAAAGUGGGAUCGGUAACAUUGCUAAUGCGGUGAUCGAAGGUUUGACCGAUGCUGAUUUCAAACAUCUAACUGUGUGGACUGAAGUCUUGCAGGAUUCGUUCCUAGAUUUGUUCGAAAAUGGAUCUUUGGACUACGCAACGGCAACUUCUGUAAGAUUGACCGAGAAAGGCUUUGAUAGGCUGUUCAAGAAUUGGGAUCAAUUCAAACACAAACUUUGCCUAAGAUCACAAGUUGUUUCAAAUAACCCAGAGAUGAUUCGUCGUCUAGGUGUUAUCGCUAUGAACACUCCAGUGGAAGUAGACAUUUACGCACACGCAAACUCGACAAACGUCAAUGGGUCCAGAAUGUUGAAUGGUCUUGGUGGUUCGGCAGAUUUCUUGAGAAACGCCAAGUUGUCCAUCAUGCACGCUCCAUCGGCAAGACCAACAAAGGUGGACCCAACGGGUAUCUCCUCCAUUGUGCCCAUGGCUUCUCACGUCGACCAAACCGAGCACGAUCUGGAUAUCGUGGUUACUGACCAAGGUUUGGCAGACUUGAGAGGUUUGGCACCAAGAGAAAGAGCCCGCGAGAUUAUCAACAACUGUGCUCAUCCAGAUUACAGAGAUUUGCUCACAGACUACCUGCAAAGAUCGGAACAUUACGCACAAAAGCAUGGUUGUCUACAUGAACCUCAUAUGUUGAAGAAUGCUCAUAAAUUCCAUACGAACUUAAUCGAAAAGGGUACCAUGAAGGUCGAUGCUUGGGAUCCAGUCGACUAA